GCACUACAUGAUACUCUCUAUCUGAAACAAUAAAAAAAAAUGUCAACAUUCUUCGAGGGCAAACUAAUCGUCGUCACGGGCGCAGCCUCGGGCAUCGGCCGGGCUACUGUUAAGAUCCUCGCCAGGCAUGGCGCUCUGCUUUCCCUUGCCGACGUCAACGAGGACAACCUCAAGGCAGUGAAGGAUGAAGUCUUGGAAAUAGCAGCAGCACGUAAUGCCACAGCAGCAGCUGGAGGCGACAGCAGUAACAGCGACAACAAGCCCGCCCAGGCGCCCGCCGAGCCCGUCUUCACGGCGGUGGUGGACGUGCGGUCGCAGGAGUCGUGCAACCGCUGGAUCCGAGACACGCUGCAGCACUUCGAGUCCGCCGGCGGUGGCGGCGGGCAGCAGCAGCGGCGGAUCGCGGGCGCGGCCAACCUGGCCGGCGUCAGCAACCCGCCGGGCAGGACGGAGCCGGUGGCGGCGCGCGACAUCGCGGACCCGGAGCUCGAGUUCGUGUGGGACGUCAACGUGCGCGGGGUCGUCAAUUCGCUGCGGGCCGAGCUGCCGCACCUGCAGGAGGGCAACGGCGGCCGCGGCGGCGCGUCUGUCGUCAACGCCGGCAGCAUCUCGGGCCUCAUGGGCCUCCCCGGCUACCUGCCCUAUGUGUCCAGCAAGCAUGCCGUCAUCGGCAUCACUCGCACGGCUGCCAAGGAGGAAGGGCCCAAGGCAAUCCGUAUCAAUGCCAUCGCUCCUGGUAUGAUAGACACGCCCUUACUGCGUGCCGUUGCAGAGUCAAGAGGCGUAGAUCCGUCUCACGAGAUGUUUGGUUCGAGUGCAGGCCCCUCACCGGCGCUGGACCGGCUGGGAGAGGCUGAGGAGGUCGCAGAGGUCAUUGUCUUCCUCUUGAGCCCACAGAGCGGAUACAUCAAUGGGGCUGUCAUUCCAAUUGAUGGGGGCCUUUUAAUAUGAGCUGGCGAGAAAUGCCAUGGACUAUUCCAAUCUCUAUACAGCUUGUUGCUUGGUGUACACCCGUCUUAUGGAGUAAAUCCACCUUAUAUCGGAUCUAUAGUCUAUCAAUCUAGUUUCAAUCACAUGAGCCGUUUCGCAUACAA